UCGAGGGGCGGGGACAGCGCGCUCUAAGAUGGCGGCCAACGUGUUCCCGUUCCGCGACGCCCGUGCCGCACCGGAUCCGGUGCUGGAGGCCGGACCCGUGGCACACGGGCCGCUGCCCAUACCGCUGGUUCUGGACAAUGGAUCGUUCCAGGCCCGCGCCGGCUGGGCAUGCCCCGGGCCCGAUCCGGGCCCCGAGCCGCGCCUACAGUUCCGCGCGGUGUGCGCCCGUGGGCGGGGCGGGGCGCGAGGUGGGGCGGGCCCGCAGGUGGGCAACGCGCUGGGCAGCCUGGAGCCGCUCCGCUGGAUGCUACGCUCGCCCUUCGAUCGCAACGUGCCGGUCAACCUAGAGCUGCAGGAGCUGCUGCUGGACUACAGCUUCCAGCACCUGGGCGUCUCCUCACAGGGCUGUGUGGAUCAUCCCAUAGUUUUGACAGAAGCUGUGUGCAACCCACUAUAUUCACGCCAAAUGAUGUCUGAACUCCUUUUUGAGUGCUACGGAAUUCCCAAGGUUGCCUAUGGAAUAGACAGCCUCUUCAGCUUCUACCAUAAUAAGCCAAAGAACUCAGUUUCCCAUGGGCUCAUCGUUUCAUCUGGAUACCAGUGUACGCAUAUUUUACCCAUUUUAGAAGGAAGGCUAGAUGCCAAAAACUGCAAACGUAUCAAUCUUGGAGGAAGCCAAGCAGCUGGCUACCUCCAGCGGCUCCUCCAGCUGAAGUAUCCUGGGCACCUGGCAGCCAUCACCAUCAGCCGCAUGGAGGAGAUACUGCAUGAGCACAGCUAUAUCGCUGAGGACUACGGGGAGGAAUUGCAAAAGUGGCAGUGCCCUGAUUAUUAUGAGAACAACGUCCACAAGAUGCAGCUUCCAUUUUCCAGCAAGCUCCUGGGCAGCACUCUGACCGCUGAGGAGAAGCAGGAGAGGCGGCAGCAGCAGCUGCGGCGGCUGCAGGAGCUUAACGCCCGGCGGCGAGAGGAGAAGCUGCAGCUGGAUCAGGAGCGAUUGGACCGCCUGCUCUACGUGCAGGAACUUCUAGAGGAUGGGCAGAUGGAUCAGUUUCACAAAGCUCUAAUAGAGCUGAACAUGGACUCCCCAGAAGAGCUGCAGUCCUACAUACAGAAGCUCAGUGCAGCAGUGGAGCAAGCUAAACAGAAAAUCCUACAAGCAGAAGUCAACCUCGAGGUGGACGUGGUAGACAGCAAGCCAGAGACUCCUGACCUGGAGCAGCUGGAGCCAUCUCUGGAAGAUGUGGAAAGCAUGAAUGAUUUCGAGCCCUUGUUUUCAGAGGAAGCACCAGAAGUGGAGAAACCUGUCACCACUGUCCAGCCCGUGUUUAACUUGGCAGCAUAUCAUCAGCUGUUUGUUGGGACAGAAAGAAUCCGAGCUCCAGAAAUUAUUUUCCAGCCCUCGCUCAUAGGAGAAGAGCAGGCGGGGAUAGCAGAGACGCUUCAGUACGUUCUGGACAGGUACCCAAAGGAAGUUCAGGAGAGACUGGUCCAGAACAUUUUUCUUACUGGUGGGAACGUGAUGUAUCCUGGGAUGAAAGCCAGGAUGGAGAAGGAACUGCUGGAGAUGAGACCCUUUCAGUCUUCUUUCCAGGUUCAGCUUGCCUCGAACCCUGUGCUGGACGCCUGGUAUGGUGCUCGUGACUGGGCCUUGGACCACAUGGAUGAUGACGAAGCCUGGAUCACCAGGAAGGACUAUGAAGAAAAGGGAGGAGAGUACUUCAAGGAGCACUGUGCCUCCAACAUCUACGUCCCCAUCCGCCUGCCUAAGCAGGCCUCUCGCACCUCCGAAUCCCAGGCAGCAGGCAAAGGCUUAGGGGCCAGUGAGCAGGCCUAGCAGAUAGUCCUCCAGAGAGACGGUCCUGCACACAUGGCCUUGGCAGUGUGAUGGGACAAGGACUGUGCCAGAUGUAUUCUGUCCGAGUCUACCGAUUGCAUUUGACUGCAAACUGAAUUUCUCCCAGGGAGAACAGACAUAAGAGCAGAGGAUUAUCCUGUAUGGAGUUUUGUUCACCUGGGGCUGCUGCGGCAUGGAAUCUGAGUGGCUCUCUGGUGUCUAGAAGCAGGGACAAGUUUUGGUGGUGACUUUAUGCAGCAGUGAAUGAAGACAUGGAGGCCAGAGGUGUACAAAAGACACAAGACUUACUUCUUAUUGCAUUUUCAAACCUUUUUUGUUUAAAAAAAGUUAAAAAAUUUUUAUCAAUGUAGAUUUUUUUUUCCCUCUAGUAUUUAUUCAGAAAUUGUGUGGUCGCCCUGCAGGGGAGGUCCUUCAUGUAUAUAAAAAGGUGAUAUUUAUGUUAAAGAAGCAAGUAGUGAUCUAUGAAAUCUCAGAAGCUGGAAAUAUUUGCCUCCUCCUAUUAUUUCCCCUUAGAAUAAGAACAGGAGAAAAGGAGAGGGUCAUCACCUCGUGCACAGUCACUCUGCUAGCAGGUGUCCUGCUUGAUGCCCUCUUGUGAAUGAACAGAAAUGGAGCUCGCUCACCUUUUGUUCUUAACUUUCUUUACUGGAACUUUUCCACUACGUGAGGCCUUUCUACAAAAAUUUUAUUUCUAUCCCUGUGAGUUUGUUGACUCCUUAACCUUUUCAGGUCUUAAGAAAGAAAGCGAUUGAAGAAGGUAAAUCCUGUAGCCUUUCUGUCCUGCCACAGUCUCAUAUCCCCAAACCUUGGGUGCUUCCUGUAGUAGGAUUAUCUGAGAUACCUCAUUUGUUUCAUCUCUAAUGGACAAAUAACGCCUCUUUUAUGGAGAUUGCUUAUUGAGAGAUUUUUUAACUCACCAAGAAUUAAGCCCAGAAAGCUCCUGAGUUGCUAAUAUUGUCGUCACAGAACCCAUGCAUUUAGAUCCUGUGGUGUGUCAGCCCGCCUGCUGAUGAGGCUGCCUUAGAACCUGGAUCUCCGGCUCUAAAGGGUUUAGAAAGUUGGACGAGGAGGGAGCUAUGGUGGUGGAGGAGGAGGUAUGAGACUCAAACUGACCCAAGAGCUCCCAAGGCAUUGCCCAGUGAGCCAUUGGCCAUCAAAGCUGGACCCAAGAACUGAUGACAUGGCAGGAAACAUGAGCUUUUGGGUGGGCUUGGGACAGAUAUGAAGAAGGCAGAACUGAUCUCAUGACACGAGUAUGGGGAGAGGAACAGGCUGGGGUAUGGCCCAGUAGUAGUGCUCUUUUCUAGCAUGUUUAUGGCCUUUGGUGGGUCCCCGGCACCACAAACACAAAGCAACAAUAGCAAAAACCCCAGCCUGAAAAGCAUUGGUGGGGUCAAAGGACUGCCUUGAAGGUCAUGCCCUCGUGGAGGAAGACCCUGGGCAGGAGCACCUAGACACUUAGUGGCCAAACAAGCUAGUGAGCUGAAUGUGCUCAGGCUGGCAGUUUUUACACUAGAACACGGGGAAAGUCAGGGGCGUGGUGAGGGUCAGGUUGAGGGGCUGAGCCUUGAGCUGUCCAGCUUCAUCUUUCUUUAAGCGUACCCUGGGCUUCCAUGGCCAGCUUUGCACAUGCAGUUCUUAGGGAGUCCUCAUCCUUUCCCAGCACACUAGGCAGGAGUUUUGCCACCUGUGGGUUUCCUCAGCCCCUUGCAAACCACCAGCCAGGCACUCACCAUGUAGCUGGGCUCUAGGCCCAGGUAGUUUUUUUUACACUGUGAUGUGUUCUGCAAGAGAAGGGGUUGUGUUUGAUUCAUCUUGUAUCCAGAGCCCAGAGCUGCAUCUGGAGGGUACCACGGAACACUGGGAAUAUGGCCCUGGUGACACCUUGAAUUUGGGCCUUGCCUCCAAAACUGCAAAUAUAAAUAUCUGUUGUUUUGAGCACCAAGUCUAUGAUAAUUAGGACAGCAGCCCUUGGAAACAAGUGCAGAUGGCCUGGGUCAGUCUGAGUGAGUCUGAGACCACGUAGGAAGUACUUAGCCAUAGGGGAAGGAGUAACCAGCCCAUAAGAUGGAGGAGUCCCAGCAGUAGCAGAGCUCCACUUCAGCACAGGUUUCCCCCGGGAGACUGGUGUGGGCAGCAAAGGAGCCGAGGGGAGGGGCUUGGAACAGCCCCCACUUCUGCCUCUCUAGCUCUAGCAGUCCCCAGUCCACUCUCUGCUUCUGUGAGUUAGAUACCUCGUAAAAGUGGAGGGAACCGUGCAGUGUUUGUCCUGUGGCUGGCUUGUUUCCCUUAAUGCCCUCCAUGUUCUUUGCUGCCCUCACAAAUGGAUGGAUUUCCUUUUCUAUGCUGGAAAGUUAGUGCAUCUCUGCCAUAUUUUUAUCUGUUCAUCUGUUAGACAUUUAAGUUGCUUCUGUGUCUUGGCUGUUGUGACUAAUACUCCAGUAAACACAGGAGUACAGAUAUUUCUGAGAUCCUGAUUUCAUUCUUUUGGAUUUAUACCCAGAAGUGGGCUUGCUGGAUCAUGUGGGUUCUAUUUUUGAUUUUUUCGAUGAAAUGCCAUACUGUUUUUCAUAGCAACUGCACCAUUUUACAUUCCUACCAACAGUGCAAUUUCUCCACAUCCUCACUAGUUCUUGCUAUUUUCAGGUUCCAUUUGUUUUAUAUAGUAGCCAGACUAAUAGGUCUUGAUUAGAAUUUCCCUGAUGAUUAGUGAUGUAUAUCUGUUGGCCAUUCAUAGGCCUUCUUCAGAAAAAUGUAUUCAAGUCCUUUGUCCAUCUUUUAAUUGGGUCUUCAUUUUUGUUGUUGGAGUGUUCAUGUAUUUUGGACAUUAAUCCCUGUUCCGUAGAUGAUCCUUCUGUUCUCUUUAUUCCCUUUUACUAUACAGAGUUUUUUCCAUUGAUGUGGCCUGUCUGUCUGGUUUUGCCUUUGUUGCCUUUGCUUUUUGAGUCUUGGCCAAGGAAUCACUGCCAUAUCUGAUAUCAUGAAGGUUUUUUCUUUGUUUUCUUCUUGGGAUUUUAUGCUUUCAGGUCUUAGGUUUAGGUCUUAAUAAU